GAUCCUAAAAGUAAAAACACGGAGUUUCUGAGUCAAGACUGAGCUGGCGGGGUGGGGACCGAAUAGGCGAGGUUGGGAAGCCCAGCGGGUCCCCAGUGGAGAAAACGGGUGAGACGCCUUGUGCCGCGAUCUCCAGAAUUCGCCUGGGAGGUGGGGUGGCGCUACGGCGCCGCCUUUCUGGGGAGCCGCCUCAGGCUCUGGAUGUCCGCUGGGGCCAGACGUUUGGGUCCCGACCUGCGGUUGGCACUUCCCAGGUUUCUUCCCCUGGGAACAGAGCUUGAGCAGGGGGCCACCCCCGCGUCCUACCGGAGCUCUGAGGUGCUGUCAGGCGCGGAGAGCGAACGCGCUGCGCCAGAUUCUGUGGGCGCCGGAGAUCAGGCCCACUGAGCCGCAGCUGAACUUAGGCGGGGCAGGAAAAAGGAUGAGGUGGGGGAAGGCGCUGGGUUCCCGGAACCCCAAGGGGACACUGAGCUGAGUACGUAUCGCUUGGGAUCCAGGUGUCCUCGUUUUGGGAUGUCUGACAGGUGUCCCCAGGGUAUGAGAAGUGGGACUGGGCACCCCCUAUUUUCUGGUGUGUUUUUUUGUUUGCUUUUUUUCUUUUUUUUUUUGAGACGGACCACGUUUCCUGUCUUGGAAAAUGGUACCACUUCUUUGUGCAAGCCUACCCCAGUUCCCUCAUCCCUCGUUCAGUCCAACAGCAAAUCUGUCCAGUCUUCUAAAUGUAUCUCAGGUUCAGUAGCCCCGCCUCCUCGUCCCUGCCCAUCUUCUGCUGGACCAGUCCGCCAUCUUGUGACCGGAUUUGGGAAUAGCGUGCUACUUCCCGGCGGCCUCCACUCUUGACCCAAAUGCAAUGUGCAGCCAUGACAAUCUUUUACAAACAGAAAUCGGAUCAGGUUACUCCUCUGCCGAAAUCCCUCAGGUCAGUGGUUUAACUGUCGAGGUGCUCCUGGCAGCACUCUGCCCUCCCCACAUCAUUGACGAUUGACUUGUCUCCCCUACUGGACUGUGCCCUGUGAGGGUGGAGACUUUGUGCACGGUUGUAUCCCCAAGACCUGAUGCAGUGAUUCAAUAAACAUCUGUCCAAUUAAUAGGAAAUAAAGUUCCCUUUCUCAUUCCCCUAUUGCUGGACCCCUGCCCUCAAGCAGGAUGUUAUGCCCCAGAGUGGCUGUGGGUGAGAACAUUCUGCCCCUCUGGCUGGUCUGGCACUGAUUUCCACCCUGAGUUGGUGUUGCCUCUCUCCUUCCUCUUGGCCAACCUCUCUUCCACCAAUAUAAGCCCAAACUGGAGGCCAGCAGGCAGUCAUGCGUUUUAUGGCAGGCCCUGCAGGGAGCCAGAAUCCGGGUCCCAUGUGCUUCCACAGCAGCCUCCAAGCCCUGUACACCGUCCUCUUAAUAGUGCUGGUCAUGAUGAGCUUGGUGUUUGGUAAGUUUGUUCCUGUCAAUUGGGAACGCCCUCAACCACUUCCAGUCCCCAAAUACCUGCGCUGCUACCGAUGCCUCUUGGAGACCAAGGAGUUAGGGUGCCUUCUGGGAUCUGACACCUGCCUCACCCCGGCUGGCAGCAGCUGCAUCACUCUCCACAUAAAGAACGGCAGCAAUUCUGAUGUCAUGGUGAGUGACUGCCGAAGUAAGGAGCAGAUGAGUGAUUGUUCAAAUACCGAAACUUCUCCGGUGUCUGGCUUCUGGAUAUUCUCUCAAUGCUGCUUCCUGGAUUUCUGCAAUGACCCUCAACACAGAGGGCACUAUAUUUCUUAGUGUGACUGCAACAACCUUUGGUGUAAAAUUCUACCAGUUUCCAGCCACCUUCCUGACUUCUUUCUGGGCUUGGCCAGGACUUCUAGUCCCUCAUACCAGCCCUCCUUGGCUCCCUCCAGUCAGUGGACCCCAGCCUUGGCUCUUCCUCUUGGUUGGCACCCUUCAGCACCCUUACUCCCACUCUGCACCCCCAGCCCCACCGCCCACCAGGUUUCCUCUCUUGUCCUUAGUCCCUGAUGUUUCUCCCAAAUAAAUUUGUGUGCAAACUGUU